AUGGUUCCGGGUUUCCUUGUUUUUAAUUGGUCGAAGGAUACAAUAGUAUCCCUAGCUUUGUGUAAUCAGGAAAGAUUUAGUUUGUGUGGAUUAUGUGAGGCGAACAGAGUCGACCAAGUCUGUGGAAACAGCGAAUACUCAGUUAGACAUCCGUUCUGCUUUAGGAAGUCCACCUACCGGGCGGGCGGGCAGGUCACUGUUCAGAAAGGGUAUGCCAGUGAAGCAGAGUGUCGCGCCAAUAUCGCCCUCAGCAGUGUCAGUAACCCAGUUUGUCGGAACGCCCACCCUCCGGCCGGGACUGUCUGUUACGACUGUUGUAUUUCCUGGAACUGUAGACCAGAACAGCAACUCUGUAACGAGAACUUUCCGGUCAACGUCCCCGAUAUAGUGUUUGGAGGCCACCCAGGAGUAGUGACGGUUGCGCCAACUGCAAAACCAACGACAACAACACCAACGACAACAACGACAACUCCGACGACAACAACAACGACAACUCCAACUACGACAACAACGACCACUCCAACUACGACAACGACGACAACUCCGACGACAACAACAACGACCACUCCGACGACAACAACGACCACUCCACCGACGACAACAACGACCACUCCAACUACGACAACAACGACCACUCCGACGACAACAACGACCACUCCGACGACAACAACGACCACUCCGACGACAACAACAACGACCACUCCAACUACGACAACAACGACCACUCCGACGACAACAACAACAACGACACCGACAACGACAACAACACCAACCACAACAACAACACCGACAACUACUCCCUUGUCUACAAGUACGACCACAGUAAUGCCGAGAGGCAGCAAGUGCCAGAUAUGUAGUAAAACUGAGUCCGAGAACUGCUACCUGGAUCAAGAACAGUACUGUCCAUCGUCUAAACCCCUGUGUAUGAAUACCAUCAUGUUCAGCGAGAACGGAUCCAGGAGCGUGGAAAAAACUUGCGAGACAGACACGCGGUGUUAUUGGUCGUACUGGAUAGGACAACAGAAUGAUCCUGUGUGUAAAAACAUCGGCAUCGGGGACAACGUCACAAAAAAUGUCUGUCACUACUGUUGUAAAACCCAACUAGGUAGUCUGUCCUGUAACGUCCCUGACAUCAACCUCAACAACCUCAUCAUAUAUCAGACGUCAACAGCCACUAAAGGUAGUACCUGCGUUACUGGUGAUAAAUACUCCGGGUUUUACGUCACUAACUGCGGUUCUGACAAGCCUUACUGCCUUAACGAGAUCUACUACGAGGAAGGCAACAUAGUGGAUGUCAACAAAAGAUGUGCUUCGAAAACGACAUGUAUUGGUGAAUGGUGGAAUAAGAGCCGAAAGACGUAUGCCUGUGCUACGGGUGAUGUAUCCAACUUUACUGGCUCUGGUCAAAACCUCGUCUGUGAUAUCUGCUGUCUGUCGGAUGGUACUGGCGCAUGUAAUCGCGACAACCGCCCUGACGAAAUCUACCAGUUUAAGGUAGAAACUACACCUGUACCAGCCACAACUACCCACAUGAGCACGCGCCCUUCUUCCCACCUCUCCACAUCAGGUCUGUCCCAAACUAAACCGUCUACUGUCCCCGUACCUAUAACACAUAUGCCGACAUCUACCAAGAGGGAUACAACGUCACCGUCCACGCCUACAUCAACCAAACCUACUACCCCUAUCCAAACUACAACGCAGGCGCAUUACACCCCAUCGCGUUUGAGUACCCGUAUGACGUCAACAGUAAAUCCGUCGACAACAGGAUCUGCCACUACCACUCCAACAACGACGCCAUCGGCACCUGGUACUACCAUGACUUCAACAGCCACGUCACCGAAAGCAGGUACCACCAUAAUGACGUCAACAGGCACGUUAUCAACAGCACGUGCCGUCACUAUGACGUCAACAGCUACAUCGUCGACAGCACGUGCCACCUCGAAAGCGACACUGCGUACUACAGACCUACCAAUAACAAAACAACCAUUUCGGUCAACGCCCAAACCUAUAAGGCCUACGGCCUGUUACCUGUGUGACGGACCUCCGUUUAUCUGCGAGACUAGGUACAAAGCCCAUCAGUGUCAGAGUGUGGAUCAGCAGUUCUGUGUGACGACCAUCCACAACAACGAUGAUGGCACCCGGUCCGUAUUCAGGAGUUGUGGUACAGAAACAGGCUGCCGCGAAGCAAACCGGGUUUCUAGCGACAGCAGGUGUAGGAAAUACGACUCCAGCCAGUUGUAUUUGGACAACUUCCAGUGCUCAUGGUGCUGCAACACUGCGCUUUGUAACAACGGGACAGUCCCUUACAAUCUUUACUCGCCCUAAACAUUGUCUUGUUCAACUUCUACAUUUUGAGACACAUAUAACCAUUUAUCCUACAGCCUCUGUACUUCACGAAUCUGUUCUCGCCAUAAGAAUUGUCUUAUGGGUCACCUUCACUUGCUUUUUUGCCUUGGUGAUGCAAUCUUAAUGGAAAUUGAUGAACCUCGGGAACAUGUUCUGCCUGGAGAAGCUUCGGAAGCGUCGCGAACUUUGUGGAGACAUCGGGAGACCUCGGGAGAUCAACGAAAAUGCUCAAUGCUUUCCCGGUGUGUUCCCGACGUUGUGUCUGGAAAACCGGUCGAGAAGGCCUCAGAGCUUUCCAUAACCACGAGACGCUCCGGGGAGGCCUCUCUUGAAGUAUUUGGUAACCUUCAGCGAUAUUUUAAUCUGCAACAAGUAUAACGACCUUCCCAUUGCGCUGAGUGUCCCAGUUUUGCAUUCCGCCACAUUAUAGAUACAUUUGUUUAUUAAUCGGUGAUCAUUUCCAUAAGUACCACCGGCAUGCGACCACGCAAGAAAUGUCUACUUUAUACAUUUUGUAAUUCUCUUCUACGUAACACCAACAGCAUAAACGAUUAACUGAUUUCUGCUGUUUCUUGUAUCUCAAUCAUGAUUCGAUGUAUUCUUUCAUUUAGUAGGGGAGUCCUGUCAUUUUGAACUCUACACAGGGAUGUAUUCCCUUCAGUUGCCAGAGACAGAAUGAUUCUGGGACCAAAAUGUAUACAUCCCAAUAAUUCUUUCCAAAGGGACCUCGGAUGGUCCUAGGUACUCAUCGAUGUAUCCCCUUAUCAUUAAGCUCCAAAGCACCUGAGAAGGUCGGAAUGUUCCCCAGCUCUGUCUAUUUCCACAUCGCCGAUGAUAUAUCUUAUUUCCUGUGAGACAUACAUACAUUAACUUACAGCCUCUAUACUUGGUGACACUACCAACGUUAACGGAACAAGCAUUUAGUAUAUAGCGAUAGAAUACAAAUAAACAGUAUACGAUAUGUCUAUGUUAGGAGGAUUCUUUGUAUUCUAUACGUCAGUAAUAAAAUAUAUAGAUAUA